AUGACAAAUUUAGCACCAUGCUGUUAAUGCGCAUGCGUCGGAUAUGCCCCCAUUGUUCCGGUUGAGCUCGUGGUGGACGCGAAUAGGUGCAGUGGUGCAGACCUCUGAAGACAAAAUGGUGUUGCACCCAGUAAUGUCCAAGCUGCAUGGAAAACUUGUAGUUCUGGCCAGUGCGUCUCCGAGGAGACGAGAGAUUUUGACCAACACGGGUUUGCGGUUUGAAGUGGUGCCCUCUUGGUUUAAAGAGACUUUGGACAAGGCCUUGUUUAAAACGCCCUAUGAAUACGCAGUCGAAACAGCAAAGCAAAAGGCCCUGGAAGUGGCUCAGAGAAUGCCACUUAAACAUCUUAAAAACCCAGAUAUAGUGAUUGGAGCAGACACUGUUGUGACAGUGGAUGGUUUAAUUCUGGAGAAGCCUGUAGAUAAGCAAGAUGCCUACUGUAUGCUGUCUAGAUUGAGUGGAAAAGAACACAGUGUAUACACAGGAGUGGUCAUAGUCCUCUGUCAUGAAAGAGAGGGUGGAGAAACAGAGUACAAAGUGGUGGACUUUUAUGAAGAGACAAAGGUGAAGUUUGCAGAGCUGUCAGAGGAGAUGCUUUGGGAAUACAUUAACAGUGGAGAGCCCAUGGACAAAGCUGGUGGUUAUGGAAUCCAGGCUUUGGGUGGAAUGCUUGUGGAAUAUGUGCAAGGAGAUUUUCUUAAUGUGGUGGGCUUCCCACUAAAUCAUUUCUGCAAAGAGCUGGGAAAGAUUUACAACGGUUCACCUGAGAGCCCUGCUUAUAAGAUAAAGUGCAAGAAGUCACCAGAGUCUGAUGGACCAUGCACUUCUGUCAGCCGUCUGUCUAAAGAAGCUGUACAACCGGACAUCAGCAGUUUCACGAACUCUGACUCAGUGCACAAUGUUGUGGAACCUGAGGCUACCAAGAGCAACAAUGAAGGCUUCCCUCACAGCUUAGUAGAACUACUGGAUGGAUUUAAAGCAUCAAAGACUUUGUUUACAGCAUCCAAACUGGGUGUGUUUGACGUUAUGAGUGACUCUGGCCUUACGGUGGAUGAAGUAGCUAUUCAAAUUAAUGCCUCAGUGUUGGGCACUGAAAAGUUACUGGAUGCUGCUGUAUCUAUAGGACUACUACAUAAGCUCAAAUGUGAAGAUAAGCUUGUGUAUAGGAAUACAGAGCAGGCCAGACAGUUCCUGGUAUCAGACAGCCCCCUGUCUCUGCAUGCGUACAUCCUGCACUGCAACGACAUGAUCUGGCCACUCUUCAACCACCUUGAGAGUGCGGUCAGGGAAGGCACAAAUCAGCAUGAGAGGGCUUUUGGGAAGAAGCCUGAAAAUGUGUUUCAGGAUAUCUACUUCAAAAAAGAUGAUAUGGUGAUGCGCUUUAUGAAUGCCAUGCACAGCAUCGCUAAAGUGUCUGGAAGAGAUGUGGCCACAGCAUUCGAUUUGUCACGCUUUAGGACAGCCUGCGAUGUUGGAGGCUGUACUGGUGCCAUGGCAUAUGAGUUCACUAAAGCCCAUCCUGAUCUCUCUGUAAUUGUAUUUGACUUGCCAGCAGUUAUUGAAAUGAGAAGUCACUUCCAGCCUUUAGAGCAGGACAGCAGAGUUUCAUUUGUUGCAGGUGAUUUCUUCAAAGAUGACAUACCAAAAGCAGACCUCUAUAUCCUUGCACGAAUUCUCCAUGAUUGGUCAGAUGAUAAAGUACAUGGGCUGUUGAGUAAAUUGUCCAAGACAUGCACUCCGGGCUGUGGCUUGUUGCUCUCAGAGAUUCUGUUGGAUGAGGAGAGGACCAGGCCAAGUCGAGCCCUGCUGCAGGCACUCAGCAUGACUGAAGGCAGUCAGAGGAGUGCCACAGAGUACAGUAACCUAAUAAGAAAGCAUGGGUUCAGCCCUGUACAUACCCGAUACACAGACAAUCUACUAGAUGCCAUGCUUUUUGUGAAAGAUGAUUAAACUUAGCCGGUUUGUUUCUCUGUGGCUGCCUGAAAAGCUCAAAACCCUAUAGGUCAACUUUUGAUUGUCCAGGAAUGUAUUAAUUGUCAGUGAAAUAUAUCAAGCUAUCUCCUUUACAUCUGUAAAUAAUUCUUAUCAAUUUUGAAAAGAAAAUGUAUUUCAUCUAAACCAAUAUUUUAAUAAAAGUCAAUUGUUUAAAAA